GAGCAGAACCUACUUUGCAGGAUUCCUGUAUGGAAAUUCAGUAUUCAUUUCCAGCACCUCCCACACUGCUCAGAGCUAUUGUAACCAGCCUAAGACUGAUGGGUGUAAGAAGAUAAUUCUUGAAUCAGUGGGAGAAUGUACAUAGCAAGUCAGCCAUAGUGUCACCAGUCAUGCAGCUCGUCAUUUCUACAUCGCACAGGAGGAAAUUUGAAAGAAACAUUUAAUAUACUCUGAGGAAAACAUGCCUGGAAAUUUUCCACCACUUAACCAGACAUUGCCGACUGCCACAAACAACAUGGCCAUGCUGAGAUCCCGGAAUGGAAGUGACACUUUCUACGGAGAACAUAGUGACGAUGAUGUGUCCCUUGGUUUGGAAGUUCUUGCCACGAUUUCCAUAACAUAUGCUCUUAUCAUUUCCAUUGGUCUCCUAGGGAACACAAUACUUAUUAAAGUAUUUUUCAAGAUUAAGUCGAUGCAGACGGUACCCAACAUUUUCAUCACUAGUCUUGCUUUUGGAGAUUUGCUUCUUCUCCUGACGUGUGUCCCAGUGGACGCCUCUCGCUAUAUGGUGGACACAUGGCUAUUCGGGAGAAUCGGCUGCAAGGUUAUAUCCUUCAUUCAGCUCACUUCUGUAGGAGUGUCCGUAUUUACCUUGACUGUGCUCAGUGCUGACAGAUAUAGAGCCAUUGUGAAGCCUUUGGAGCUACAAACCUCUGAUGCCGUUUUAAAGACCUGUGGAAAAGCAGUUUGUGUCUGGAUAGUUGCCAUGUUGCUUGCAGCUCCAGAAGCGGUGUUUUCAGAUCUCUAUGAAUUCAGCACCCCUGACAAAAAUAUGUCCUUUAAAGCCUGUGCCCCUUAUCCAGUCUCGGAAAAAAUCUUACAGGAGGCUCAUUCUCUCAUGUGUUUCCUAGUGUUUUACAUUGUGCCGCUGGCAAUAAUCUCCGCAUAUUAUUUUCUUAUUGCGAAAACACUCUACAAGAGCACCUUUAACAUGCCAGCUGAAGAGCACACGCACGCCCGGAAACAGAUUGAAUCCCGCAAAAGAGUUGCCAAAACAGUGCUGGUGUUGGUUGCACUCUUUGCCUUCUGCUGGUUGCCUAACCAUAUCCUCUACCUAUAUAGAUCCUUCACAUAUCACUCAGCAGUGAAUUCUUCCAUGCUCCAUCUUUCUGCUACUAUUUUUGCCCGAAUACUUGCUUUCAGCAAUUCCUGUGUUAAUCCAUUUGCCCUAUAUUGGCUCAGUAGAAGUUUUAGGCAGCAUUUUAAAAAACAGGUGUACUGCUGCAAGACACAUCCACCACCAUCCCAACCAAGCCCAACCCACAGCACAAAUACUGGAAUAACUGCUAUCAAGGGCAACAUCCCAAUGUCGGAGAUUAGCAUUGGUUUACUGGGUGCCUAUGAAAUGAAGAGGGAAAGUGACAGUCUUUGAAACAUUAGUGACACAUUUAUAGUACAAUUAUAAUACAAUUACAGGGGUUAUUUUCCAAAGGAAAGGGAAUAAUUAUCUGAUUGUGGAGAGGGGGUCUGAUUGCCCUGUUCCGACCCCUAUAACCUUUUUAUUUUUCCACCUAUGGAGCUGUAAUCCUGUAAUCUGUGUUUUUUGUCAGUAUCAAUUUGGUAUAGAUCAUACUUUUUGAUAGCUACCGUAUUAUUCGGGGAGAAAAAGUCGGUGCGUCUCAUACAGUGAAUACACCCCUUAUCGUGGCGGUCCCUGCGGCCAUCAACGUCCGGGACCCGCGGCUAAUACAGGACAUCACCGAUAGCAGUGAUGCCCUGUAUUAACCCUUCAGACGCGGCGAUCAAAGCUGACCGCCGCGUCUGAAGGGAAAGUGACACUAACUUGGCUGUUCAGUCGGGCUGUUCGGGACCGCCGCAAUUUCACCUCGGCGGUCCCGAACAGCCCGACUGAAUAGCCGGGUUAGUGCUUACAGGACACCGGGAGGGACCUUACCUGCCUCCUCGGUGUCUUCUCCGUUCAGGAAUCCCCUGUAUGGCCGGCGCUCUCCUUCCUCGUCAUCACGUCGUCGCGUACGUGCGUCGGUGUGCGUAACGACGUGAUGGCGACAACGGAGAGCGAGGAUACCCGGCCGGCAGCAGAGACGUUCCGGAGCGACGAGGACACGGCGACAGCGAUGGAGCGACAUACAGGGCAGCGGUGACGGGUCCCGAGCGGCGGGGACACGUGAGUAUUACCUCCUAUGCAGUGGUCUUCA